AUAGAAUCGAAGUAAACCAGUAGUGGACAAAAUCAGGCGGCCUAUUUUCUUCGCGGAUAUUCGUCUGUUGGCUGUGUUGCGACUGCUGUUAGUUCGUCACAUGUAAUAUAUUUGUUGUUUAGUUUGACGCCCGGUGUUUUAGUUUAUUAUCAAGAAGGCACACUUGCAGGGCAAAACGCGCAUUUCUUAUCAUUCCGUCAUUCUCUUGGACGCUUGUCUGUGUAUGCAUUGGUGACUGUCCAUUGCAGGCUGGGCGGUGACAGCAUUACAAUGAUCGAGCGACCAGAAACUGCGGUUCCAAGCAUUGCUCGGAACCUGGAGGGCUAUGUGGGCUUCGCGAAUCUUCCCAACCAGGUGUAUCGGAAAUCCGUGAAAAGAGGCUUCGAGUUUACAUUAAUGGUUGUUGGCGAGUCUGGUCUUGGAAAAUCAACACUUAUUAACUCCCUCUUUCUGACUGACCUUUACUCCAAGGACUACCCUGGGCCAUCACAGCGCAUUAAGAAGACUGUACAGGUGGAGCAGUCUAAGGUGCUCAUUAAAGAAGGGGGCGUCCAGCUGACUCUCACCAUUGUUGAUACACCAGGAUUUGGAGAUGCCGUAGACAACAGUAACUGUUGGCAACCAGUUAUCAACUAUAUUGACAGCAAGUGUGAGGACUUCCUGAACGCAGAAUCGAGGGUGAACCGCAGAUCGAUGCCAGACAACAGGGUGCACUGCUGUCUGUACUUCAUUGCGCCUUCUGGACACGGACUAAAGCCACUUGACAUCGAGUUCAUGAAGAGGCUCCACGACAAAGUUAAUGUCAUUCCACUUAUUGCAAAAGCUGACACUCUGACCCCAGAGGAAUGCCAGCUUUUUAAGAAACAGAUAAUGAAAGAGAUCCAGGAGCACAAAAUCAAAAUUUAUGAAUUCCCAGAUACAGACGAUGAUGAGGACAACAAGCUGAUCCGGAAGAUCAAGGAGAAGAUGCCAUUGGCUGUGGUUGGCAGCAACGUGGUCAUUGAAGUGAAUGGAAAGAAGGUCCGAGGUCGCCAGUACCCGUGGGGUGUGGCAGAAGAGGGCAUAUUUGUGGAGAAUGGGGAACAUUGCGAUUUUACCGUGUUGCGCAACAUGUUAAUCAGGACCCACAUGCAGGAUCUGAAGGAUGUCACCAACAACGUCCACUAUGAGAAUUACCGCAGUAAGAAACUUGCCGCUGUCACCUGUAAUGGAGUGGAUAACACCAAGACCAAGGGACAACUUACUAAGAGUCCCUUGGCACAGAUGGAAGAGGAGCGGAGGGAACAUGUGAUGAAAAUGAAGAAGAUGGAGGCGGAAAUGGAACAAGUCUUUGAAAUGAAGGUUAAGGAGAAGAAACAGAAACUGAAGGAUUCAGAGGCUGAGCUGGAGCGACGUCACGAACAAAUGAAAAGGAACUUGGAGGCACAGUACAAAGAGCUUGAGGAGAAAAGACGAGUGUUUGAAGAUGAGAAGGCCAACUGGGAGGCUCAGCAGAGAAUCCUGGAGCAGCAGAAAUUGGAUGCCUCUAAGACCAUGGAGAAGAACAAGAAGAAAGGAAAAAUCUUUUGA